ACGUGACCAACGGUCCUAAUGGGGCGGGGCUCGUAAACAGAGAAAUCUAAAUAAAGGAUCGUGCAGAAAUUUACUUCAAAGUAUUUCACUUUUUCUCGAUAAGCGUGAGGUUAAUCUCCUGUAAUGCCGAUUCGCAGAGCGCCAGCCACUCCGACCCAGGAGAAGGCCCCCUCCGCCGCUGCAGAGAAAGACCCUGAAGCCUCACCUUCGGAAGAGUCUCCCUCAGCUGAUGAUGAAGAGCCUGCAGCGUCUUCAGCCGCCACAGAAGACGUGGAGGAGGAAGCCACUGAGACAGAGCCCACAGAGAAUGGAGAGAAGCCUGAAAACGGAGAGGCAGAAACAGAAGAGAAGGAUGGAGAAGAAGGAGAUGGAGAAGCAAGCAAGAAGAAAGAUGAGAAAUGCGAGGACUGCCUGGCUGGACAGUGUGCAACACACUGCUAUGUUCUCCUACUAAGGCUGAAGGAUGGCUACAAGUACAAGAAAUCCAAAACCAAAAAGGUGAAAAAGACCAUUCCUGCGUGGGCUAGCAUCACCGGCACCAAAAAGGUUCCUGUUACCAACUAUGCAGGAACUGUGAACAAAGUGGAUAAUAUCCUCAUCGAAGCUAUUACGGCUUCUAAUGACAGGUCUGGGGUUUCAUACCAGUCCGUCAUUAAAUAUAUGCUCAAAAAGUACCCAGAGAUGGAGUUUGAAAGGAAGAAGUUUCUCAUCAAGAAAGCAAUGAAGAAACAUCUGGAGAAGGGCACCAUCAAACAGCUGAAGGGUAAAGGCCUCGCAGGAACCUUCGCCAUUGGGAAGCAGCCCUCUGCAUCUAAGAAAGCAGCACAGAAGACCGAGUCUCUGGGAGACGCUCUUCCUCUCAUCAUCACUCGGCUCUGUGAGCCCAAAGAGGCCUCCUACCUCCUGAUCAAGAAAUACCUGGAGCAGCACUUCCCAAACCUUAACAUUGAGAACAGACCUGAUGUAUUGAAGGCAGCUCUAGUGAGGGCGGUAGAGAGAGGCCAACUGGAUCAAAUCACUGGGAAAGGAGCCAGGGGGACUUUUCAGCUGAAGCGAACCGGUAACCAGGUCCUGCUGAAGGGCGGAGCCAUUGAAGAUGCCAUCACAGCCGCUAUCACAGCCAUGAAUGAACCUAAAACGUGCAGCACCACAACACUCAAGAGAUACCUAGUAGACGCCAACAAGGACAGAAAGGAGUAUCAACUAGUGAGCAGUCUGAGGAGGACCCUGUCAAAGUGUAAAGUGCUUGGCUGGAUGGAACAGAUCACCGGACAUGGCUUCACAGGGACCUACAGGCUCUCAUUCCCGUUCUACCCCAGCCCUACCAUCCUGUACCCAGACAAGUUCAAAGAGCCGCCUAAGAAAAACUCUCAGCCUGUAGCUAAGCGGAGGCGGGUGGCCGAUUCUUCUGACGAAGAAGAGUCAGAAGAAGAAGAAGAGGAAGAGGAAGAAGAGUCUGAGGAUGAAGCGCCUGCCCGUAAGAGGAAAACUCAGAAAAGGCCUCCACCCAAAGCUCGCCGUCCUCCACCUGCCAAGAAAUCUCAGAGUGCUAGUCCCUCAAAAGCUCGAGGCAGAGGACGCCCCCCAGCAAAGAAAUCUCCAGCCAAGAAGGCGGUGACUACAGCCAAGAAGCGAGGCAGACCAUCAGCUGUUAAGAAAGCAUCCACACCAUCUAAAGCUUCACCUGUCAAGAGAGGAUCUCCUGCAAAAACACCUAAAACACCCGCCGUCAAAAAGCUGGCCAAAAGGGGCGCAACACGACCAUCGUACAGAGAGACCUCAGAGGAGGAGGAGGAGGAGGAGGAAGAAGAAGUCCCAAAGCAGACAAAGAAGGGCGGAUCAAGGCGAUCUAAGGCCGAGGAGUCCGAGGAGCCCCCAGCUAAAAAGCCUGCGACCAAAGGGGGAUCCAGGCGGGGCCAGUCUAAAGAGUCCACCCCUGAAAAGCCUGCAGCAAAAAAGGGGGGCAAGAAGGGCAGGCCGGCUGGUCGCAAGUCCAAGAGAGGGAAAUAAUGAGCCCAGGACCACCCUCCAUGAACUGGGCCGCUUUGUUUCAGUGCUCUCUCUCUUUUUAUCAUUUUCUCCCUUUUUAACAGGGCAGUAGUUUUUUUAUUUCUACUGUAGAAUAAGAAUGUUAUCCUACCAGUUAAGUUUACUGUACAUGGAAAAGUUCUGAAUUUCCUUUCCUUUUAAUCCCCGUGUGUAGAAAAGCUCCGUUAGUGUUGCCGUUAAAACAGCUGCUGGGUAAGGGAAAGCUUAGCAAAGUCUGACAUACUGUAACUAGAGCCAUGUAGUGACUUCUGUUUUUGUAUGUCUGUUCCUCAUCCACACUUCAGGUGCUGAAAGCACACGUUCCUUGUAUCGACUGAAGAGAAAUGCAGGUAUUUUAACAUGGUGAAAGUGAACAUAACUGUGAACUAACUACAUUAAGAUUUUAUAAAACCCAAUCUUAAGAUUGUUUUUUGUUUGAGGAAUGAAUUUUAAUAUUUUGGCCUUUCAAUAGUGUAUCAGAUCAGGGUUUUUAAAUGAGUUCAUUUAUUAAUUACAGCAUAAAAUAUUUAAGAUGAUUUUUCCCCUGAAAAAUAUUCCAGGUUAAAAAAAAGAUUAAUCUUUGUAAAACCUUCAACCUGACAAUAUUCAUUUAAAAAGCAGUCCUAAUUGGGGGACAGUCAUUUUUAUUUUUUAGAAAAUGUGAGUGUAAACAGAAAUAUAAACAUACAAUGAUUUGUUGCUUCACAGCUGUAAUUCAGUACCAAACUGUAAGAAAUGUGUGUUGUGAAAAAGAAAAAGGAUAAUAGCUCAUACAUACCCUGCAUGCAUGUACUCCUUGUGUUGUUAAGCUUUUUUUCAAGUCAUUAAUAAAAUGGCUAUAUUUGUAA